GAUUCAGAUGGUGAAGUGUUCACAGAAUAACUACAAGGAGCGGGGUUUUGUUGUUUGCCAAAUUCCAUUACAAACAUAAAAAUAUUAGUAAAAUGGACAUGGAUUUGGAGUCCCUGAAAUACGCGGAAUUGCAGCGACUUGCAAAGGAUGUUGGUCUUAAAGCCAAUAUGAAGGCUGAAAAGCUUCUGAAAGCUCUGAAGCAGCAUUUUCAUAAGCCCCAGCAGGAUGAGGUUUCAAGAGAACAUGAAGAACAUAUCAAUAUGGAUACCACUUCUUCCACUGAUUGUGGUGGUUUAUACCUCAGUCAGAAGCAGCAGACUACUGAAACUACAGUAUUUGCAACUAAAUGCAGUAGACAUGGGAGACAGGCUGCCAAAACCAAGGAAAGCAAUCCUGAAAACAAUAGUGAAGAGAGAACUGUGCUGCAAAAACAAGCUGAAAAUGAAUUAAAGGCUAAUGUUGGAGAAAAGGAGCAGACUGUGGGACAAAACCCAAACAAGAGGAAACGCUGCCUGAUAGAGACAGUUUCUAGUGACACUGAAGCAGAGUUGGUAGAAAACUCACCCAUCAAAGUUACAGCUGAAAAUGAGAGAGAAAAAUGUGCAGUUUCAGAGACUGGUGCUGAGCAGGUGAUCGAAAAAGAAAAUUGUCAGACAAUACAUCCAGCUGGGAAGAUUCCUCGACUUGCAGGGCUUCUAAAUAGAAAAACUAUAAUGAAGCCAACAACUCCAAACUUCAAGAAGCUGCAUGAAGCACAUUUCAGUAAGCUGGAGUCCAUUGAUUCUUACAUUCAGAGGAAGAACAAGCAAAUAGAAGCCUUCAAACAUUCUGUGAAAGAAGUCAAGAUCACGUCUGAGAAGGCAAAUAUCCUGAAAUCAUCUGAGAGAAGAACUCCAGGCCAGAACUCCAAGAAGUCCCUUUCAAACCGAAGCAGCUCCUUGUUUAGCCCGAAGACUCAGGAAAAGAAACGUACUGCAACUCCUUAUAAUCUGCACAGAUCACCACGUACUUCUACCAAUAAGCCCAAUAUGGGUGUGAUAUCUACUUUCAAACCAACUAUACUCUCAGCCAGGAAAAUUAACGUCAGAUUUGCUGAGGCAACAAAAGAUAAUGAUCACAAGCGCUCUCUUGUGAGGACCCCAUCCCGGAUGUCCCAAUAUACUGAGAUUACUAAAACUCCAACAGGACAGUCGAAAAGGGUGAAGCCAAGCAUUGACAAGCCAAGUAGCAAAUUGCCAGUGGCUACACCAUUCAAGUUUGAAGGAGCAACAGCUGGUACACCAAGGACGAACAAAAAGAAUACUGUGUUUGACUUGAAGGCCAGUCUUGCGCGACCACUUGCCUAUCAGCCUCACAAAGGCAAACUUAAGCCUGUGGAAGCUACGAAAGAAAACAAAGCGGUACUGAACAAACCUCUGAAUUCAAGUGUGUGUUCACACCAGAAAAAUUACAAACAGCACCCCAUCCAAACAAGGGGAGAGAGACGAGAAAAGCAUUUUAAGGACAGAAAGCAGAAGAAAGAUAAAAUUCUUCGUGCCCGAAGAGGCCUGGCCAUGAACUAAAAUAACUCUAAAAACUAAUGGACAAUUCUGGAUAACAUUUCAUCUGCUUUUUAGCUGACUUACCAGUUGGUUCCACACCAAACUUGCUGGUGUAAUUGUUAGUCUUUUACUUAAUUUUGAGACUUGUAAAUAGUACUGCUUUUGAGUCUUGUCUUGCAUUUUGUACUUUAAAUGUAAUUUGUUUUAAAGUCAAGACUUUAUUAAAAAAAAAAAAAAAAGUUUUGUACAAAAAAAAAAACAACUUUUUAUCUAUGACUGUAUUUGUGUGUUUAGACAAGGUUGUCUUUCAUCUAAUUCCUACCUGUUGUGGAUUUAAUUGAAAUGGUAUAAAACUAGACAUGUGCGUGAGUAUUGUAGGUAAAGUGAACUGUGUAUCCUACGUAAAUGUAAUGAAAUUUGAUACAUUUUUGGGUAUAGCUGCACUUGUAAGACGACAUUAAAAUAAGUUGCAUAUA